CCAGCCUGGUGAUAUCAUAUGCUGGCAAAACCUCCACACAGAAGCAAAAUGGCCGUUAGUAAACUAACCGAUCAUACAGCGUCUGACAGUCAUCGAGAGGUUAUGCAGGUUUUGUUGACGCCUUGAGAACCAGAGUCGCUCGAAAAGGAUAAUCGCCUUUCCUCGUUUUUUUCUACGAUAAACAUUUCGCCUUUCGGUGAUGUCAUUUCUUAUUCAAUUUAGCCUCGAAAACCUCGAAGAACUCGCUCGCUAGGCUAGCCACCAGCUAGCCUGCUAGCGGUAGGUCUGCAAGAAUUUCUGCACAGAAGCACUUUAUGUCCGAUGUGAUUCCCGAGACAGGAGAAUCAGGAAAGGGAGCAGUAGUUCAUGGAAGACAAGAAAAAGAAGAAAGAAGAUAAAAAGAAAAGGGAAACCUCUCAGAAGGUGCCAGAACCGAAAAUCAAAGUGCCAGAAUCAGCCAAGCCCUCCUGUUCCCAGCCGCUCGCCACCGCAGGCUCAGUGUCCCCCAGCCCUGGCCCUGUUGCCCCGUCAUCCCCCAGUCCUGCUGCAGCCGGGGUUUCUGCACAAGUUCCUCCUGGUGGCGGGAACAAUGCAAAGCAGCGGACUGCUGUGGCCAACGGACAGCCCUCCUCCUCCCCCUCUGGAAGCCAGACCUCCCAGCAGCAGCGAUACAUGUCCAGAGAGGUUCCACCAAGAUUUCGCUGUCAGCAGGAUCAAAAAGUGCUACUGAAGAGGGGCCAGCCACCGCUGUCCUCCAUGCUGCUGGGGGGAGGCAGAGGGGAAGGGGGUGCAGGAGGGGUUGGAGGAGGCAGUGGCUGGGAAGCCGCUUCAUCACUUUCGUCACAUGGAGCAGAUGACCCCAAUGCAAACACAGCUGGAGGCACAGAUUCCAACCUGGGUUCAUCCUCCGCCUCACCCCUCAACUCCUCAUCGUCAUUAUGUGCUGCUGCUCUGUCGUCUUCUAAUACUACUACUCCUACUUCAACUUAUGCAAAUUCCACAUGGGGGGCAGGCUCUGGCAGCCAGUCCUCUUCUCAGGGCUGCGGGAAGGUGAUUGUUGAUGGGACGGACCUGGGGGAUUGGCCUAGCAUCCUAGGAGGGGCCAAAUUGAGUUCUGACCGGGCUGGAGGAGGAGGAGGAGGAGGAGGGGGAGGGGGAGGGGGGAUGGUGGUGCAGGAGCAAGACUGCUCUGGUAACAACAACUACAGUAGUGCCUCAUGGAGUGAGAGAAACAUCCAGCAGAAGGGGGGAGGAGGAGGAGGAGGAGCAGCAGCAGCAGCAGCAGCAGUAGGAGGAGGAGGAGGAGGAGGAGGAGCAGGGAACAUGGACAAUCCUUCCUUACCUCGUUCUUCUCCUCUUUCCUCCUCUUCCUCGCUUAAUGAAUGUGUUCAGUCAAGUGGUGGUGUGUGGGGCUCUUCCACCCCAUCUCAGGUGGAGGCAGGGCUGGGAUCAGCAGCAUUUUACAAUUCCAAAGUCUCCCGUCUUCUUCCUGGGCCCCAGGAGAGCCCUGUGGUUGGCAGCAGCAGCAGUAGUGUCCCUGGUGCCAAUUUCAACCCCAACGUGAACCCCUCCGCCUGGCCUGCCCUGGUGCAGGGUGGGACAUCAUCCUCGGCUAGCGACGGCCUUCCACUACACUCGUCCAUUACUUCAGCUUCCUCGUUCUCUGCCAGCACUACGACGCUCAUCACCACUCACUCUCUUUCAUCUGUGAAUCAAACUGGUCUCCAUCAGCAGCACACUGAUACAGCUGUGGGAGCACGGAGUGGAGAACAGCAGCAGCACUUUGGAAACCCGGGACCAGAGUUGGGUUCAGGCGGGGGAACAAGAGGAGCAGGACCAAAUCAAGAAGGUGGUGAUGAGGGGGGUUGUGGGCCUGCUAGUGUUGAUGGAGAAGGAAGUGGUAGUCUUUCUGGCUCUUCGUCUUCCUCUGCUGCCUCUUCUUCUUGGAGAUCCAUGCCUCCAGUGUCCUCUGACCUGUCUAUGGGUGCCUCACAGGCAGAUGGGUGGGGCGGGGGAGGAACUGGAGCUCAGGGGCAGGAAGGGAGUGUGUGGGGCUUUGGAGGCCAGGGUGACAAGGCAGGGUGGGGUAGGGGAAAUGAUGGUAGCUCAAAUACCCCAGUGGUAUCUCAGGGAGCGUGGGAAGGAGGCAGUUCAGCAGCAGAGUGGGGUGGCACAGCGGGAGGUGUAAGUUCAAGUAACUUAGCAAUAGGAAGAGGAGGCGGUGGGAGCAGCAGCAGCAGUAGUGGAGGUAGUGGAGGUAUUGGCGGCAGCGUUUUGCAGGACUCUGCCUCACCAAAGUUUGACACUAUGACAAAAGCUUGGGACAAUCAGAAAGGGGUGGAAAGUGGGGACGGGACAGAAGGGGAGUGGGGAGGAGUAGGGGGAGAAGGAGAAGGACAGGGUGGAGGCACUGCAGGUGGAGCACCUUCAUCCUCUAGUGGAGGAGGGUCCACAGCUGGAAGUGGUGGAGUAGAGUGUGAUAAUGGAUCUAAGCAGGAGAAAGCUUUGUCUGUAAACAAAUGUUCCGACCAGACAUCCAAUGCUGAGGUGGCCUUACUCGGCAUGCUCAAUCGAUCUGACCUGGACCCCAGGGUUCUCUCUAACACUGGCUGGGGGCAGACCCAGAUUCGACAGAAUGUGGCCUGGGACCUGGAUACCACAACAGGAGCAAGAAAGAGAAAUGAAAGAAGCACUUCAUCAUCCUCUGCAUUCUCAUCAGCAACCAUGAACACUACCACUAGUCGUGGCACUGGGUACCCAUCUAACACCAGUUCAAUAACUAAUGAUCCACCUGUUGGCAGUCACACGACCAGCCUGAACUCUGGUCCUGUUACAGCAAGAGAGGGCUGGGAUGGUGGUACUACACAGUCCACUUGUGGUCCUCACAUGCUCGGUAGCACUGUAAGGAAGCCAGGAAAGCCAGAAGAAGAUAUAGAGGGCAAGUCGGCUGGAGGAUGGGGUGAUCUCCCACCUGAAAACCAGGGCAAAGGAUGGGGUACUGAAGAGAAAAAAUGGGGUGAUCACAGAGGAGGUGGGGGUGGGAGGGGAGGGAACUGGAGAGACUUUGGAGAACAGGGUAGUGGUUGGGCAGAUGGUCCAGAGGAUAAAGGGAUAGGGGGGUGGAAGGGCACUGGAAGAGGAGAGGCAGGUGGUUGGGGAGGAGACAGGGGACAGAGGGACUCUAUACCUGGAGGUGGGUGUGGAGAUGGGCGAAGCAGAGGUGGAGGCAACUCUGAUGAGAAGGGAUCUUCCUGGGGUCAUUUGGAUGAAGGGGGAGCUCAGCGAGGAGGUUGGGUAGGGGGAGGAGGAGGAGAUGUGGGUGGAGGCAAAUCCCACCAGGACUGGGGGAGUUCAAAGCCCCACACAACAGCAGCAGCAGCAGCACAGAUACCAAACAGCCAAGUGGCACCAAUGAAAUCCCCAAAUCAACAGCAGCACCAAUCACAGGGCCAGCAGCCACAAGGAGGUCCCGUUCAAGGAGGGUGGAACAGCCGGUCUAAUGUUGGAGGUGGAGGUCCAACAUCCAAGAAUCAGAACCAAAGUCCAGGCUGGAGCUCUGGCCCAAUCCCCCAAGUCUCUGGGGGUGGGGGUGACUCCCUGGAGCCCAGUGGCUGGGAAGAACCCUCCCCUCAGUCUAUCAGUCGCAAAAUGGAAAUCGAUGAUGGCACUUCAGCCUGGGGAGACCCAAUCCGCUUCAAAAGCAAGAACGUGAAUUUGUGGGACAAAAAGAGUGCUGCGCCUGGCCAAAGCCACGGUCAGCAGGCCCCACCACCACCCAUCCAACAACCACCUAGAAGGCAGCAGGGGAUGCAACACAGCAGGGACACAAACCCUGGCAAUGCUGCAGUGGGCAUGUGGGGAGGAGGUGCACAAUCUGUGGAUAAUGGUACGACCACUUGGGGCCAGUCGUCCGAUGCAGCUACAGGUUGGGGUGAUCCAGAUGAGCCCGGCAAAGCUUCUGGUUGGGGGAACCCUUCACCCAACUCUGGUAAAUCUGGCACCAAAUCAACGGAGAGCUGGGGUGGGAAGGGAGAGGGCUCUGUUGCAGCCUCCCGUCACCCCAGCUGGGACGAGGAAGAUGAUGGUAGCGGAGGGGUCUGGAACAACUCUGUCUCGCAGGGAAACAGCUCCUCCUUCAACUCCGGAGGCUGGGGUCAGACUCAUGGAGGAAAGAGGGGCAACAUCAAGAGUGGAGCAGGGGACAGCUGGAUGAACCCAGUGUCACGCCAGUUUUCAAACAUGGGUCUUUUGGGUGACGACCCAAGUCUCGACAAAAAAAUGGAAGGAGACAAGAGAGGAAUAACUGACUAUAACGGAGAGAUGCGGAGGGGAGGAAGAGGUGGAGGAGGUUACCGCAUGCCUGGUUCCAAAGACAUGGGUCCUGUUGAAAUGGGGCCCUACGGUGAAAAGAUGGGUGGCCAUGGGGUGUUUGUUGGCAGUGGCGGAGGGAUGCCCCAGCCUCGCGGGAUGCACCAGCCUGGCAUGCAUCCAAUGAAUCCCUCCCAGGGUUUACGUGCUCAAGUGCCUCAUCAGUUCCUGUCGGCUCAGGUGCCGGGUCCUAUGCUGAAGCAGAUGCCCUCUCCUGGUGGUAGUGUGGGUGGAGUGGUUGGAGGUGUUGGUGGUGUCAGUGGCGUUGGAAGUGUCGGAGGGGUCGGCAGUGUUGGUGGAGGAGCGUUCCCUCCUAAUCAGAUUUCCCCACAGCAGCUCGCAAUGCUCAGCAACAUUUACCCCCACAUGCAGCAGUUCCAUCUGGCUUGUCAGCUUCUGCUACAGCAGCAGCAGCAGCAGCAGCAGCAGCAGCAACAGCAGCUCCUGCAGAACCAGAGGAAGUUCCCUCAGCCUCAGCCUCUAAGGCAGCAGCCAGACCCACAGCAGCUUGCAAGGAUUAUGGCUAUUCUGCAGCAGCAGAGGCAGCAUCAGCAGGGUGGAGUUGGAGGUGCAUCAGCAGUAGGAGGCAGCUCUAAACUAUCCCCCUCUCACCUGGGAGGAGGCCUAUCCAAACAGUCCAUGGUUGACCCCCUUACACAUCCUGGAAUGGGGGGGCCCUUAUCAGACAUUCAUGCAAAAACGCAAGGGAUGUACUCUGGGCUUGCCCCUGGUGGUAACCUGUCAGGACUGGAGCUCGGUCCCAUGAUGGGAGGGAUGAAGGACACCGGAGGACAGCAAUCCCGCUUCAAAUGGAUGAUGGAGGGACACUCCCCAGCUCCUUCUCCCCCUGACACAACCCUCCACAAGAAUGGCCCUUUACCCAGUGCUAUAAAAGUGAGGGGAGGAUCCCCUUAUUCCCAGUAUGAAAUGCUGGGCGCUGAUGGUUUAGGGAUUCCCCCUCAAGGUUCUUCAGACAACUGGCACCGGACCCCAGGAAGUAAAAUGGGGAACAAACCUGCCACAUCCAGCUGGCCUCCAGAGUUCCAGCCCGGUGUGCCCUGGAAGGGAAUCCAAAGCAGUGGUGACCCAGAGUCCGACCCCUACAUGACCCCUGGUAGUGUUCUUUGCUCUCCAGGACCACAGAGCCUCAAUGACUCUGACCACCAGUUAUUGCGAGACAACAUAGGGCCAAACCCCUCCCUCAACACCUCGCUGCCUUCACCUGGUGCCUGGCCCUACAGUGCCUCAGACAGCCCCCUCAGCAAUGCACACAGCACAGGAAAGUACUCCGAGUACAAGCCCAGCUGGCCCCCAGAGCCCAUAGGACAAAACAAGUUAUGGAAAACCAAUCGCAACAGCUCACAGCUGCCACGCCCCCCUCCUGGCUUAACUAAUCAGAAGCAGGCCUCGCCCUCCCCAUGGGGUAGCGGAGGCCCGCGGUUGGCUCGGAGCUGGGGAGGAGGCGGGAUUAAUCAAGAGUCAAGAUUUGGGCCAGGCUCAGCUUGGAGCGAUGGCGUUGCCUCCAGAGGCAGCUGCUGGUUGCUGCUGAGCAACCUGACCCCUCAGAUUGAUGGCUCCACGCUGAGAACUAUCUGCAUGCAGCAUGGCCCCCUGCUGACCUUCCACCUCGGCCUGACCCAGGGCAGUGCUCUGAUUCGCUACAGCAGCCGACAGGAAGCAGCCAAGGCCCAGGGUGCACUGCACAUGUGUGUUCUGGGCAACACCACAAUCCUGGCGGAGUUUGUGAGUGAAGAAGAAGUUGCUCGCUAUUUUGCACAUUCCCAGGCCGGAGGGGCAGAGGGGCCCAGCUCAGGAGGGUCAGGAGCCGGUGGGACGCAGGGUUCUUCUGGAACAGGCUCAGCUGUGGCCAGCAGUGGAGGUAGCUCCCCUGGGAAUGAGCGGGCAGCAGCGGGCACAACUUCAGGUGGAAACGGCAAUGGUGGUGGAGGAGGGGAAAGUGGAGCAGCGGCUCUAGGUAGUGCGAGGUCCUCUGGCUCUGCCUGGCAGAGUCUCGAUGGUACAGGCAGUUCUUCAGAAACCUCUUUAGCCCAAGGACCGGGGCUGGGGAUAUUUUCCCAGUGGAGCACCAAUGGGGCAGGCGAAGGAGGUGUCGGGGGUGUAGACUCUGGGAGGUCUGGGCUCUGGGGGGGCAUGACUGCAGGAUACCCCAGCAGCAGCCUGUGGGGAGCACCGCAAAUGGAGGAAAGGCACCAAAUGGACAGCUCUGCCGCAUUGUUGCCUGGCGACCUGCUGGGGGGUGGAGCUGAUUCCAUCUGAUGAGCCCCCUCCAUUUGUACAUGCAGGUUUGGACACACUGAUACAAAAUACACUGGGAUACACAUGUACUUAAUAUAGCACACACACACACACACACACACACACACACACACAUUUACAUGGUAUGCAUAAUAAUGUAAUACACAUAUACACAUGUGCAUACAUAUACAUAGUAUGCAUAUUAUUGUGCACACACAUCAAGCAGAAAUGUGAGACAUGCUUACACACAUUCUCGUGGCCAGACUUAAGCUAUUAUAUAAACAAAUGCAGGGACUGUUAGAUGUGUAUACAGCCUUUUUCCACAGAUGAAGAUUUCAACUGCUUAGACUUGAAACCUGAAAAAGAAUGAAAAGUCAGUAGGUCUCAAAGACUUGACUGGAUUGCGAUGUGCUGAUUAGUAAACAGGGGACUUUUCAACAGAUUUACAUACACAUGCACACACCAAAUACAGACAUGCCUUCAGACAGAUGGGCACUGUAAACAGCAUUACCUUCAUCGUAUACGAGAACUUAAAACUACUACAUGAUGUGAGGUUAAAGUGCAGUUUGUAUUCACGUCUCCUUAAAAAAAAAUGUAAAAAACGGAGACCGAAUCCAAACACAUGCAAACGGCUCUGAUUGAAAACAGAACUGUAUCUUACUGUGUAUGUUAGUUUUUUUUUUUUUUUUUCUGUUUAUGUAUGGUUUUAAUUUUUGAACAGUGAAAAUAUUGAAAAAUGUCAUUGUUCUGUUUUCAAAAUGCUGACCUCCUACUGUUGUAUCUCACGCACUCUUUCUCUGUUAUUCUCUCGAACAUGUUUGUUACUGUUGCAGUGAUAAAUGUUAAAUUGCUGGCAGUUUGAGGCUAUGUUGCAUUUCUCCAUGUGUCGAUACUGUGCGCAGUGUCAUCCACACUAUAUGGACAUGAGUAUGAGUGAGAUUGAGACCAAGUAAGUGGAUUAAACCACCACAGUUUUUGUGUGUGUGUGUGUGUGUGUGUGUAUGCGUGUACGCAUGUUACUGCCUGUCAUAAUGUGGGCAAGGCUGCUUACUCUACAGAAGGUCUAUACAAAAAUGUUUUGAGUGCAUUCGGUAUACUGCUGACUGUGUUAAGAAAUAUUGGCACUAAUGCUUUUUUUUUCUCAUUUGAAGUUGUUGUUUUUUAGCAUACUUGUCUUUUUUAUUGUCCGACCUGCAAUAAUAAAAAAGAACAUUCAAUGACACAAAGAGCUGAAGGCAUAUGCGUUGAGUAAAUGGACAUGCCAAAUCUUAUCAAACUGUGGAGUGGGAGGGAGGGGUGGGACGGGUUGUUUACAGAUGCAGAGUAAGAGUUACCGUACGUUUUUAAUGUUCUGUUGUUGUGUAUUCGUUUUAAAUUAAGACAGGCUUUAACACUCCUGUUCAGUGUUUUCGUUAUGAGAUUUUACAAAGGAAAAAUUUAUUUAAACAAAUGAACAAGAUUAAUAAAGAUGAAAGUAUUGGCUUCUAAA